GCUUCCCUCUGCUCCCACAACUUCUCACCAGAGCAGACGAUCGAUUGUUCUGCGAUCCAUUCUUCCGUAAUCAGUUUUGUGGCUGCUUGCAUCUGAUUUUAUUGACUCGUUAACUGUUCCCUAUUAAAGUUCUCAAGAUCUGGAAAAUUGGAUACAUCUUGUUGGUGAAUGAAUAAAUGGAUAAGACGACAAUGCAAUCAAACCAUAGCCUUUUAAAUAGAGUCAGAUGUGCACAUUGUGCUGGUCCUCUUUCCAAUGAGAUGGAGACUAGCCAGUGGACAGUUCCACCGCUUAUAAGAGACAGCUUUUCUAUGAUUGGUUCUGCUGUGGGUGGCACUGCAAGUGCAUUUUAUGGCUUCAACCAUGUGAUGCCUAUUGUUCGAAAGUGGAUUAAAGGUCCCAUGUGGUUACAUUUUCUCGUUGGGGCUCCGCCUGUUAUUGUUUUCUCAUCAGCAUGUGCAGGAUUGGCAGGUGGUGCAGUUCCAGCAGUCGCACAACUUGCAUCAUCUUCUUAUCAUGCUGUCAUAUCAUCAUCAUCAUCAUCUUCUUCUUCUUCAUUACAGUCUACCUGCUCGGCUAUGCAUGACGAGAAGAAGAUUAGCAAGGCCCCAUCACCCUCUACACUAAAGCACUGAUAUAUAUUUAAACCAUAUGACUUCUUGGUGCACCCCUCGCCCGCAGGCUUAUCUUCACUUCAUGGUGGAUAAAAUAUCUCCUGCCCCAUUCAGGUGGGCCAAACUUAUUGGACGCUGUUUCUACCAUACUAAAUUUGCCAUGAGUUGUGUCUACAUUAGCAUUGGCCUUUAGCUGGUUUGAGAUGAAGAAUUCAGGACACGAUUUAUACCUAUAUUUUUUAUGAGAUACUAUCGUAUAUGUCUAUAUGUAGGCUGUAGCUAUAGGAUAUUGCACAUUUUAAGUUGCGUUUGUGAACGUAUAUUCUUUCUUUUGUCUCCCAGUGGAUCUCAAAGUGCCUUCACUGAUCUCAGCUUACAGCUCUUCUGGAGGGGUCAGGUCAGUUGCAUGUUUGUCAUACUGGGAUAAUUUCACUGAUUUAACAACAACGUAUAUUCUUUCAUUUGCACUAAAAACAAUAAUAUUACUCUGCCCUACAAACAAGUUUUCUUUUGAGAAUUUUAGUCACAUAAAAGCUGAUUUAAAAGUCGAUUAAACACUACUUUAACACUACUGGUAUAGUAAUAUUAGCAUUAAUCAUGUCAUUAUGUCAAACACAAUAAAGUCAUUUGAUUUGGAUAGUCCUUCACGAAAUUGUAUUGAUUCUUAUUCGUUUGAGAGUUAUGGAAAAUGCCUAUAGGUUCAACAUCACGAGCCCUUGAGAUGAAUAAAAAUUGGGUUGAUUUGAUCUCAAGAUUAGAUGACCGGUGAAGAGAUUGAACAAAUAUUGGCAUAACACCAUAAACGUUUUCUAGCACGAGCAUUAAUUCUGGAAGAAAGAGAAGAAGUGCAUUAAGAGAGAAAAGGAUGGAUUUACUAGUCAUUUUCUAGUUUCUGGCACAGUGAGAAUAUUAGUGGCAAGUCUAAAAUUUGUAUCGGUACAUAAAUUAUAAAUGCACUAUGCUGGUAAAAUUUUCACAAGCUCGUCUAGAACUAGACAUUUUCUAGUUUCUGGCAAACGUUAUGUUUAGAACUAGUCAUUUUCUAGUUUCUGGCACAGUGAGAAUAUUACUCAGUGACAAGUCUAAAAUUUGUUAUCGGUACAUAUAAUAUAAUUGCACUAUACUGGUACAAUUUUCACAAGCUCGUCUAGAACUACUCCUUU